AUGGGAGGCGGCGGGGCCGUGUAUUGCUUCUUCACGUCGGGCUCCACCGGGAAGCCGAAGGGCAUCGUGGUGGAGCACCGCGGCCUUGCGCACCGGGUGGCCUGGUUCCAGAAGCGGUGGGCCAUCCGGCCAGGGGAGUGCGGGGUCCUCAAGCACAGCUACACGUUCGGGCUGUCCGAGUGGGAGAUCUUCUGGCCGCUCUCGUACGGCGCCACCCUGGUGCUGGCGCGAGACGGCGGGGAGAAGGACAUGGAGUACCUCCACGCCCUGACGGAGAGCCACCAGAUACGAACUCAGGUGUUCGUCCCGUCCGUCCUGCGGGCGGUGCUGGAGUACGCGGCGCUAGAGGCGCAGAGCGGCGGCGCGUUGUGGCCUCAUCUCCAGACGGCAAUCACGUGCGGCGAGCCCUUGCCAGCUGGCCUGGUCCAGCAGUUCUACGACGCCGUGCCGCACGCGCAGCUGGUCAACCUCUACGGGCCCACGGAGGGAGAGAUGACCGUUUGGUCCUGCCCGAAGGGCGAGAUUUUGCAGCUCAUCCCGAUCGGUGUUCCCAUGGAAGGCUCCCGAGUUCUGCUGCGCACGCCUGGCGGCAGCCUUUCUGCCAUCGGCGAGCCCGGCGAGAUACACUUCGGGGGGCAGUUCAUCGCCCGCGGCUACCUGGGGCUGGACGCCCUCACGGCGGAGAAGUUCGUGGAGGACACUGGGACACGCACGAGGGGGGCCGCGCUGGACGCUUGUACGCCACGGGGGACUUGGCGCAGUGGCGCGAGACGGGGGUUCUGGAUUUCAUCGGCCGCGCCGACUUCCAGGUGA